AACGUAGCCUUGGUGGAUGACGUACAAGGAAACGGGCUCCUGAGGAGACUGAAUGAACCUGCUUUUCUCGCUCGUUUCUGAAACAACGUCUCGUUGUACCGCUCACAGUUAUGCAGACGUGGAGUUUAGUAUCAAUUAGCGUUUUACUCGCUGUUGUGGUGAGAUGGGGAGUGUCGUUAAACUCAUAUUCAGGUGCAGGGAAACCUCCCAUGUUUGGUGACUAUGAAGCCCAAAGACACUGGCAGGAAGUGACCUACAACCUCCCUCUUCAACAAUGGUACUUCAACACCUCUGACAAUGACUUGAACUACUGGGGGCUGGACUACCCUCCUCUCACUGCCUACCACAGCUGGCUCUGUGCUUAUGUAGCAAAGAUGAUAAACCCUGAAUGGGUGGAGCUGCACAGAUCCAGAGGCUUUGAAAGUCCUGCCCACAAGUUAUUCAUGAGAACUACAGUCCUGGUGACAGAUGUGUUGAUAUACAUUCCUGCAGUUGUUUUAUACUGUUUAUACCUGACAGAUGGCUCUGCUAAGAAAAGGGUUUCCGUUCUUCUCAGCAUUCUUCUUUACCCGGGACUAAUUCUCAUUGACUAUGGCCAUUUUCAGUAUAAUGGAGUGAGCCUGGGUUUUACCCUGUGGGGGGUUCUGGCUCUGGGGCUGGGCUGGGACACUUUGGGCUCCAUGGCCUUCUCCCUAGCCCUUAACUACAAACAGAUGGAGCUGUACCAUGCGCUGCCCUUCUUCUGUUACCUUCUUGGAAAAUGUGUCAAAGCUGGGCUAGUUGGGCGUGGGUUAAUCCUGUUGGUGAGAAUUGCUGCCGCAGUGUUGGUGACCUUUGCCCUCUGCUGGCUGCCCUUCCUACCUGACACCAGUCAGGCCUUGCAGGUGGUCAGGAGGAUAUUUCCCGUGGCUCGUGGCUUGUUUGAGGAUAAGGUGGCCAACACAUGGUGCAGCCUGAACACCCUGAUAAAGAUCCGAUCCAUUCUGACAGGCGACUCUCAGCUUUACCUCAGUUUUGCCUUCACUCUCUUAGCGGCACUACCAUCCUCUAUCAGACUACUGAUAAAGCCCACCUUCUGGCACUUUAAACUGGCUUUGGUCAACUCAUCUCUGGCAUUUUUCCUUUUCUCCUAUCAAGUCCAUGAAAAGUCCAUCCUGUUGGCUGCCCUCCCAGUCUGCCUCCUCCUGAAUGAAUUUCCAUUUAUGAGUAUUAUGUUCCUGCAGGCCUCAACAUUCAGCAUGCUUCCACUCUUCCUGAAAGAUGGCCUGCUGGUGCCCUACGCUGUGACCUCAGUGGGGUAUCUCUUCCUCACCGUCUACCUAUUGUCUCCCCUGGAUGACCGCUCAGAGGGCGAGCUGAAAUUUGGGACCUGUGGCAAGCUGUUUUUCUUUUUACCCAAAAUGCACCUGGCUUGUAUGAUGAGAUGGAAGUUCUACAUCAGCAAUGCUCUUAUGGCUGUGUUGAGCAUCCUGAGUGUAGUUUUGGACCCACCGCCACAUCUACCAGACUUGUUUCCUGUCCUCGUGUCAACGGCCGCCUUCCUGCACUUCCUGGGAGCAUUUCUACAUUUUAAUAUUGUCCAGUUCAGUGAGCUGCCCGCCAACAAGAGCCAAAAGAAAAAUGACUAAGCUUGUUUUUAUUACUCCAGGAAACUCAGUGUUACACUAGGGGGGUAAAUUGGUUCUGUACAUUUAUACUGCAUAUGAGGCUUGUAGGACAGUGUCUAAUAGAAAAGUAAAACAGGUUCUCAUUGAAAGCAUCUGUAUUUAUAACAGCAGAUCGAGGAAAGUUGUGAGAUCAAAUGAAAGGAAAGAGUAGUGGUAGUUUUUCUGUUUGGACCAACAAAGCAGGUGAAAUAUUUUUGAUACAAUUUUUUUCAUCACCCUAUCAUUUCUGACUUAUAAUAAAGAUUUAUACAGGCAGGUAUUCUGGAGCCUAGAUAUGAGACUUUCAGUGCCAUGUCAAUAAGAACUUGUAGUAAUUAUUUUUGGAAACAGAAAAGGUGUUGACUUAAUUAUACUGUUACUAUUCAUUGGCUCUGUAGGGAUUGUGAUAAAUGCACAUUGACCCAGUUGACCAGUUUUGUAUUCAUGCAAACUUUUCUUUGUUUUCUAUUGUGCAUUUCUUUGCAUCAUUAAAGUUAUUUUGUACAAACUUA